AGCUUAAGUGAUUGAUGUUAACACUAGCUGCUUUAAAUUUCUGAGAUUAAAAAUGUGCGAUUAAUGUGUUUUUGGGUGAUUAAUGUUUGGUCAUGUGGUUAACACUAGACUUCAAUAAGAUUAUCAAUGUUCCGGUGGUUAACAUGUAAUGGUGUAAACAUAGAUGCAAACACAGAAUCAAACUCAAAUGAAACGAUCAUUAAUGCUGUUCUUAUAAUAGACUUUGAUUUUCCGUGGAAACUCCGUCAAGCGAUUUAUGUAUAUUAAUGCUGUUUAUAACUUGUAAGCUAAAAUGUUCUUAUAAUAGACCUUUUUCCAUCAAGCGAUUAUGUAUAUUUUAGAUGAUGUUUACAACUUGUAAGCUAAAUCAGAUGAUUUUAGACGACUUCUUGGGGGUAUAUAUAGCGCAUGCACGAUUCUCAUGCAGCGAUAUUCAAUACACAAAGUAAGGAGAAACAAAAAAAAACAAAAAACAAACGAGCAUUUUAAUUUGAAAAUAAAAUGAAAGGUCUUCUUCAGUUUCUCAUAGCUAAAAUCAUCUUAUUGGCAUUAGCAUCUUCAGUUGUAACUUGUUACGAUCCAUCUCCUCUUCAAGAUUACUGUGUUGCCACCAGCAAUACAAAUGGAGGUUCUCUCUAUUGUUGCAUUUACGUACAUGUUUUCGUGAAUGAAAGGUUAUGUAAAGAUCCAAAACUAGUAACGUCCAAUGAUUUCUAUUUUUCCGGCCUAAACACCCCUGGAAACACCAACAACCGUCUUGGCUCAUCAGUCACCAAUGUAGAUGUCAGAAGAAUCCCUGGUCUCAACACUCUCGGAGUUGCCCUUUCCCGCUUUGAUUUCGCCCCUGGAGGACAAAUCCCACCGCACAUACACCCACGUGCCUCCCAAAUGAUCUUAGUCCUCGAGGGAACGCUCUUGGUCGGGUUUGUGUCCUCCAACGACUACAACUCCACGCUCUUCUCCAAGGUUCUUUAUCCCGGAGAUGUAUUUGCUUUUCCCGUCGGUUUGGUUCAGUUUCAUGCUAAUAUUGGCAAGACGAAUGCGGUUGCGAUUGGUGCAGUCGGGAGUCAAAAUCCUGGUGUGGUUCCGAUUGGUAAAACGCUUUUCGGGUCCCGCCCUUUGAUUGAUACAAGGCUUUUGGCUAAAGCUUUUGCGUUGGACGUGAAUACAGUGAGAUAUCUCCAAAGGGUGUUUUCUUUGGAAGAAAAUAUAGUUACCCCUAUAGUUAACUAGUUCAACAGAAUAACUACAAAACAUAUAACUAAGUAUUUCAUAAGUACUGUAUACGUAAAAAAUACAGAAAAUGAUAAGUCUGUGGGAAUUAAAUUUGUAAGUGUGUAAUAUACGUGUGCUAAUUUAAAAACAGUAUGUGGGAAAUUAAUUAUUAAAAUUAAUGAAUGAAUAAAUAUAAAAUAAGAUCUUUUAAACUUUAAGAGAAAGAG